AGAAAAACAGUGCCUAUUAUGACGACUGAUCGAAGUGUUAUAGUCGACUUGUAUUCUGUUGUAUACACAUAGCUCAGACGGCAGACAGAGUGGUUGGAAAUGGACAACAAAAUACAGCUGGCCUGUCUCCUUCUUUGUAUUUCACUUUUAGGGAAACCAAGUAGUGCAGUCGAACCUGUCAAACCUGUCAAAAGGCCAUCGGGAGUAUGUCAGGAUGAGACAAUCAUAUGCACUGGAUCAUACAUGUCUGAAUUUAAAUGUCCUAAAAUAAAUCAACGAUUCUGUACUGAUUUACAUCACAUACGAAGCACUGGGGAAUGUGAUGGAGAUUUUCCCAUCAUUACACGUGAUUCCUGGGGAGCCAGAACCCCACUGAAACCCCUUGGGACCAUGGGAUCCAAUCUGUCCUACUUUAUUAUCCAUCAUUCGACGGGAGAUUCCUGUUCAAAUCGAAAAAUGUGCUUGAAAAAAAUGAAAGACACCCAGGAAUUUCACCAAAAACCGACAAAAGGUGGUGGAAAAGGUUUUGAUGACAUCGGUUACCACUAUCUGAUUGGCGGAGAUGGGACUGUGUUUGAGGGUCGGGGUGGAAGAGCCAAAGGCGCUCACUCACCAGGCUACAAUCAUAGAAGUAUCGGUGUAUGCCUUCUCGGUGAUUUCACGAAAACUUUACCAACUACUGAUGCCACUACAUCACUAAAGAGGCUCCAUGCUUGUCUUCAAAUCAAAGGAGUACUUUCUGUUAACAACAGUGUCUUCGGUCAUAGAGAUGUUCGACCAACGGAAUGCCCCGGGUCCAAGUUCUAUAGCAGCUUACAUGAAAAAUUCGGAGAUUUCUGGCACAGAAUCAGUCCGGAGAUUUGGACAAACUGUAGAGCAAACGGAGGAACAUGCUUAGACGUUACUAAAGUUGAAUGCGAGGGACGCUGGAAGACUGGCUUGUGUCCAGGACCUACGGAAAUUAAAUGUUGCAUUCCGGAGUAGAAGUUUAACACGUAUGAUUUGAAGCUGAUUUAUAAACUCCAGUAUGUGAAAUCGUCCUGUGUACAUUCUGCCGCUGGUGACAAAUAUUCUCCAGUAUGUGAAAUCGUCUUCUGUACAUUCUGCCGCUGGUGACAAAUAUUCUCCAGUAUGUGAAAUCUGCUUCUGUACAUUCUGCCGCUGGUGACAAAUAUUCUCCAGUAUGUGAAAUCGUCUUCUGUACAUUCUGCCGCUGGUGACAAAUAAUCUCCAGUAUGUGAAAUCGUCUUCUGUACAUUCUGCCGCUGGUGACAAAUAUUCUCCAGUAUGUGAAAUCGUCCUCUGUACAUUCUGCCGCUGGUGACAAAUAUUCUCCAGUAUGUGAAAUCGUACUCUGUACAUUCUGCCGCUGGUGACAAAUAAUCUCCAGUAUGUGAAAUCGUCUUCUGUGCAUUCUGCCGCUGGUGACAAAUAAUCUCCAGUAUGCGAAAUCUGCUUCUGUACAUUCUGCCGCUGGUGACAAAUAUUCUCCAGUAUGUGAAAUCGUCUUCUGUAUAUUCUGCCGCUGGUGACUAAUAAAUGUAUUAUCCAGCAUGUGAUAUCAAAUCGUAUUCUGUAUAUUGUGAUGCUGGUGACAAAUAUUCCUCUGUGUGUAAAAUCGUAUACAGUACAUUCUGACGUUUACUUUUAUGUUUCUGUUACAUGAUUUAAACUCAAUAAUUUAAAAAGUUACCAUCCGAUUCUGGAUGAUUGAUUGUUAUGACUCUUAUGUUUUUCAAAGAAUGCGAAGGAAUGUUAAUUUAAAAUAAUAACCAGUUAUCGUCUUGUUAUAUCCAUAUUUUCUUUUGUAUGUUAAAUGAUGUUACUGUACUUAACUUAAGGUAUGACUAUUAGUGUUCACUGCCUGCUCAUGAGCCAUGCAUGGACAUUAGGGUUAAACAUUUAUUAGACUAAUAAAAGCGGUACUGAAGAA